AUGUCGGACAGGAGCGGGGAAAAGAUGGCGGCUUACCUGGUGCAGAUGACUUGUAUGUACAGGGGAAUGUUAGCGGUAAGGGUGACGGGUAUCAGGCCGCUGAUACCUGGCGUGGUCCCGGCUCAGUUUCGGGCAUUCUCGGUGCGAAAAGAGGCGGGGUUGGAGGAUAAUCCUUACUAUAACAAAUACGAGGAAAAGAUCCAGAAUAUCCGGAGUUCCAAGCCUCAAGAGUUCAAGGCCCGAAUGGAGAAACGCCACGAGUCCAAGAAAGAAGUGCUUGUCAACCCCGAGCAAGCAGAGUUUAUGAGGGUCAUGGAGCAGCAGUUAGAGAAGCAAGACGAGCUGUCGGCUGGCGAUGGAAAAGCAGGAGGUUUCACGAAAAAUAAGUCGCUGAGCUCCAUCCUCAAUCUUGAGCUGAUCCAGGACAAGACAGGUGAAGAGAUUGCCGAGCUCUGGAUGAAAUAUUAUGCCACCAAGGAUACAAUCAGCGCUGUCAUCCCAAGUCACACGUAUGAGGUUAUUGUCGCCCGAGCACAGUCGUGUUCCAUGUUCUUAUUUGCAUUGCCACAGAACGAGGGUUAUGAGUUCUUUGUUGGGCAAUGGUCCGGCCACGAGAUCCAUUUCACCUCCCUCAUCAACAUCCAGACUCAUGGAAAGAACGCUCCCAGUCAGAUGAUCCUCUACCACCACCCAGACUUGAAGGAGAACAAGGGCAUCGUGCUCAUGACAGCAGAGUUGGACCCCAAGUUCAUAACUGUCCCCCAGGCUCAGUGUUUGGCCAAUCAGGUGCAGCUCUUCUAUGGUACGAAGAGGCAAGAGACGUUCCGGUUGGUAGAGACAUUUAACCACCACCCAGCAGAGUUUAAACACAUGUCAGUGAUUGCAGAGCUGGAGCAGAGUGGCAUAGGGACUGCUCUCACGCCAACAUCCUCAUAGAGAAAGAGAAGCACUAAGCUGAGCAGCAGCCUGAUGACAGGGACUCCGCAUGGAAUCCCAUUUCAGGUCAGAAGGAAUCUUAUCCAGUGAUUAGGUUGGAGCAUCUUUCUUCACACGCUAAAGAGGUCAAUUGUCUGUCCUGUCAGUGUGCUAUCAAAACAACUUUUUUAAUUGUACAUAUGAAUAAUUUCAAUAUUUGUUCAAUAAGGUUAAAGCUGUCUUUAACGGUAAAGACAGCUUGUUUGAAAAAGAACCACUGGAGAGAGCCUCAUUAACUUGUUGUAAUACACCAGCUAAAGUUCCACAUUGAGGCAGCCAUUUUGCUUUCACAGAAAUAAAUGGUUAUUUCUGCGAUAUUUAUAUAUUGUGAAAGUGUUGUGACGAUUGCAUUUCUUUACCGUUAUUACGAUAGCAUAAAGACGAGUAUAGUGGAUGAUCAGGAUCAUUUAUACACUUAUAUCCACAGAGUUUGAAGGGCUACACAACUGUUGUGCAUCUCACAAUUUUCAUGAAGCUGUUCGUCUUUACCGUUAAAAAAAUGUGCUGUCAUUUGCUCUGUGAACAAGGAUUGCCUCAAUUGCCUACAAAUGAAUAACAUUUUGAAAAUAGGACUUUAAGUGUGGCUGUUCAGCAUGGGAGACAUUAACCCGCAUUAAAUGAAAGCUGCAUCAAAAGUAACUUGCUAAAUUUGCAUUUUUAUUUUUUUUG